CAUAGCAGAUGAUGAUCGUCGUCGUCGUCAUCGUCAUCAUCGUACUACUACUACUGCUACUACUGCUGAUGAUGAUGAUAAUAAUGAUGAUCAUUCAUAUAAACGAAUAAAUUUUUGUCACAACCAUAAAAAAUAUCUAUUCAGUUGAAAUACAAACUUUGUUAAGCCAGCACCAUAAAACGUUUUUAAUUUAACAAAAAAUAAAAAGUUAAAGCCGUCGGUGAAUUAGUUUAUAUUAUAGUUUUCGUUAAUCCACUAGCUUCUACUACUGCUACGUAAAUGAAAAGUCAUAAAUAAUAAAACAAAAAUUAAGCCAAAAAAAAUCCAUAUUCAUGUUUUAGACAACAAAAAAAAAAUAAAAUAAAAAUUGUUAUUGUUAAAUUUGAUCAAGUGAAUAAAAGUGGAGUGCGUUGGUUGUAUUUGUUAUGAAUGAAAAAGUGAGUGAUACAUUUAACACUUCCGACGCCUACGUAUGUGCUAAAAAAAUUUUGUUGUUAGAAGACAAAUUAAAGUAAAUAGUUGUUAUUUUAUAGCAACAUUUUGCUGGGUUCUCUUUUACUAAACGCGUUCGCAUAAUUGGCAAUGCUGAACUUGUUUACGUGUGUAUUAUUGCCGUCUUUACUCAAUAAUUAAUUAAAUUGCUGAAUAUAAACCACAAAAAAUAACCGGCCACCUGUUAAGUUUUCUUAGCUUUAAACAAAAUGAUUACCAUGAAUGAAUUGGUAGAUUUGCGUAUGCAACAGCAUAUUGCACAUGAAAUCUAUCGUCAACAGAUCAUGCAAAGGAUACCGGAUCCAUUUCCCUCUAUGCUGCCCAUGUCCAUGCCUAGACAUGUGAUAAUGCCACCAAGAGUAACACUACCUGGUGUUGAAGUAACUCUGCAAAAUGAUGAUCUAUGGAAACAAUUCCAUCAAAUUGGAACGGAAAUGAUUAUAACAAAAAGUGGAAGACGUAUGUUUCCAUCCAUGCGACUGUCAUUGUCUGGCCUUGAAGAUGAAAGUAACUAUUGUAUAUUAUUGGAAAUGGUACCAAUUGGCGAUUGUCGUUAUAAGUUUUCUGGCUCUCAAUGGGUACCAGCUGGUGGCGCUGAACCUCAAUCACCGCAACGCAUGUGUUUACAUCCUGAUAGCCCAGCAACGGGUGCUCACUGGCAGGCUCAACCGAUUUUAUUUAAUAAAGUUAAACUGACCAACAAUACUUUGGAUAAUAAUGGACAUAUUGUUUUGGCCAGUAUGCAUAAAUAUCAGCCACGCAUACAUGUGAUACGUACAUCGGAUUUGGCUCAAAUACCUUGGGCCCCACAGCAAGCCUUUGUUUUUCCCGAAACUGAAUUUGUUGCGGUUACAGCUUAUCAGAAUGAUCGUAUUACGAAACUUAAGAUUGAUAAUAAUCCUUUUGCCAAAGGGUUUCGUGAAACUGGUCAGUCACGUUGUAAACGCAAAAUGUCUUCAUCACCUACUGCUGAGGAUCAGCCGCAUCAUCAACAGCAACAACAACAACAUGAUCUUAUGUCUCCAACAAAAUCACUGACUACCGCAAUCAGUGAGUCGGGAUCAUCAAUUUGUUCGGAUAAACCAAUGACGGCAUACUUGAAUGAUCAUCAUCAUCAGCAGCAGCAGCAUCAUUUAUUUGGGCAACAUCCCAGACUAGUGGAUGUAAUAGAGGCUACAUCACCACAAACACUUAAACGUUUACGUUCGAAUGGUUCGGCUUGUUCUUUAGAUGCGCUUAGCCAAACAAAUGAAACCAGUUCGAGAGGCAACAUGUCGUCAUCAUCAUUGGAUUAUGUUAACAGUGCUAGCAACAUUUUGCAACAACACCAACAGUCUCAACCAAUUGCUGCUAGUGGUAAUGCAACAUCCGUUGCCUUCAUGCAUCAUUUCCAGCAAAAUAUGCAAUCAUUGCUACGACCUUCACUGGUCGAUUUAGCCUGUUCGUAUUUUGCCCGUCCCCAGCCUCUGUAUCCACAACAUGUUUAUGCUGUGGCUGCACAACAUGAAGCAUUAGUUGCGGCCGGUUUGCCAACGUCAUCAUCACAAUUACCUCCUAUACCAGCACCUCAUAAUAUGGGCGAUUUGGCACAACGUUUGUCUCUGGAAAGUAGCAAUACUGCAACACCAACAACACCAUCAAUGGCUGAUGUUAGUAGUGCAAGUGUUGUUAGUAGUAGAGGUGAAUUGCCAAAUCGUGUUAUUGCCAUUAACUCAAAUACCACCUUAGAAUGCAUAACAAACGAUGCCGAUCUUUCUUCAUCCGAUUCAUCAUUAAUACAAGACGAUAUUGCUGCUGCUGCAACAACACCGGUUACAACACCAACAUCACUGGCUGCUACUUGCAAUUCAAAUGAUGAUACAUUAUCCCAGUCACCAUCAUCAUGCAACAAAAAUAACAACAACAGCAGCAGCAACAUCAGCAAUGGCCACAGCAUUAACCAUAAAAAGAAAGGUUUUAGCAUCUCGGCCAUUUUAGGUGGUGGCAGUUAGUUAAGAAUUAUUAAUCAUUAUUAGUUAGUUAGUUUGUCUGGAUAGUUAGUUAGUGUCUUAACUCAUCUAACUAUGUAUUGUUUCUGCCAAUGUACAAUGUAAUUAUUAUUAGUAUAGCCGUUUAGUUGUAAAUACUAAGUAAUCAUUUUAUACUCAUUUAUUUAAUUAAAAAGCUAUUUUUUUAUUUUGUUUAAUUAUUCAUUAGUUAUAAAUAAAAUGGAUAAAUAAUUUAUUAUAUUUAAUAAAAUGUGAAAAUUUAUU